AUGCCGUGUGAAAUCUUCGAUACGCGAGAGGCCUUCCUGCUGUAUUGCCAGAACAACCACUGCCAGUUUGACCAGAUUCGUCGGGCGAAGCACUCGUCCAUGAUGGUGCUCUGCUCGAACUGCAAGACGACGUUGUUGAGCGGGAACCGCUGGAAUUGCUCAAUUUGCCCGGUGUUCAACCUUUGCGACGGGUGUCACGUGAAAACGAAGCACGAGCACCAGCUUCAUUUGUUCAAGGUGGUGCCGAUCCCGAGACCGGGUAAUGAAGUGUCCAAUGAGACAGUGAGUACGAAGGUCAAGGGGGUCGUGUCCAAUGCUGCUGGCGCAGCAGGCCACGUCAUCAAGCGCGAAGCGGGCAGCUCCGAUCUCAAGCGCACGAAGCAUGCCAAACACGCCAAGGGAGCUGGGAGUAAGAGUGGAGGUUCUCGUAAGCGCAAGUUACACCAGAGCUCUCCGGUUGCGACUGCAACAGCUACUCCUGCUGUGAAGGCCGAGGCGGCAGUCCCUGUGGCGGCUAGUGCAGCGCCGGUGGCAGAAGGUAGCGCUGCUUCGGCAGCCACUGCACCAACCGCAGCGACAGCCCCCGGCGCUGCAGCAGCUAGCGCCCCCAACGGUAACGCGGCUGAGAAUGGUGAUGCAGCCAAGAAGAGGCGGAUUCACAACAUCGACCCGCAGCUUUUGCUGCAGUUGGAGCACGCAAGCAGUUGCACGGUGCCGAACUGCACAUUCUUCAACUGCAACCGCAUGCAGGCUAUGCUCAAGCACGGCGCGAUUUGCGAGCAGCGUCUCGCGGGCCCAUGCGUGCUAUGCAAGCGACUACACUUCUUGCAAGGUGCCGCGCUGUGCCGACAUUCGCCGCCACUUCUUGGCUCAAGUCCAAGCUCGACAGCAGCAGCUCCAGCGCGCGCGGCAGCUGCAGGCUCAGCAGGCAGCAGCCAGUAG